AUGACCAAACCUCGCACCCUCGACGCGUUCCUCCCCUUCAAGUCUGGCAACUCUUCCCACUCUUCCCCUCCAUCCUCUCCAUCACGGGCCAUGUUUCGAUCACACAAGAGCCCCGCCCUCUCACCAACAACCGACUACACUGGCACACUCCGCGAGACCUCGUUCUACCGACAUGGCCAACUGCGCCGCCUCGGCCUCGGAGGGGAGGUAGCUGCGCUCGCCGUCGAUCCCCUCCUCUCUCUCCUGGCCGUUGCCGCGGGCAGCGCCGUGCACGUGUACGGUGGUCCAGCGUUCCAGUUCACACUUCCUGUUGGUGGCCGGGUUAAGUUUCUUGCUUUCCACCCCGGACAUUCACGGUUGGUGGUCGUGGACGAGAGCAACACGCUGCACUCGUUCGCACUCAACAACAUUGUCGAGAGCACAAAUCCCAAUGUCUCGCCUCCGCUGCCUAAGAAGGAGGCGAGCUACCCACUUUUCGGCGAGAUCACCGCCAUCGAGCAGCCCCUCCCGAGUUACACACACAUGCUGUUGGCAAUGAGGGACGGCGUGACUCUCGCCUGGGACUUGCGGCAAGCGACGCUGAGCAAGUUUCAGAUCCCCAAUCUGUGGGCCAUGUACGAGGAACGACUGGUACGCUCGGGCGUUCCCGACCGACAUAAAACUAUCGGAGGACCACAAGCGACGUGCACCGCCAUCAAUCCGCGCGACCUCAACAUUUUGUUGAUCGGGUAUGAGGGCGGCGUGGUGGCGUACGACUUUCAGAAGGGCGAGACAGCCAAGACGUUCGAGCUCACACUCCCUCCCGGAGCACCAGGGGGAGGGAGUUACCACGACGACGCGCUGUGGAGUGAGCGCCGACCGGCGGUCACGAGCAUCACCUGGCGGCCAGACGGGCUGGUGUUUGCCGUCGGGCACGCGGACGGGUGCAUCGCCUUCUGGGCUUACGCAGACGCCGAUAAGCCCUUUAUGGUCCGCACCCUCACACACGAGGACGUGCAUGUUCCUGACGCCGAGGCGCUCAUGGACGCCGGCGCGUUACCCUCAUCAGAGCCUCAGGUCAGUCACGAGAUCGAGGGCAUGCCCGUGCUUUCGGCGCGCGUACCUACGGCCGUCGGGGCGAACCGCGAACCGAUCUUCAAGCUCACAUGGGCAGGCUUCCCCGACCAGGCGGCGCUCAAGCUCAUUGCCGUUGCAUCCGAGGUGCCACUCACUAACGCCACGGCCGAAUACUCGGAGCGCGGCGAGACGCUGCUCGUCGUCCUUGGCGGCCAGAGUCCGGGUGAAAAACCGGGCAUUAACCUACUCCAGUUCCCCGCGUACACUCCCCCCAUGCCCAGUGUGGGGGCGAAGAAGGCCGCGCUUCUGGCCGAAGGACUAACCGCGGCCGAACGGCAGGCGUUCCGCGACUCUCUUGCCCCAACCGGCUCGUCCAACUACCCCACCAAGACGCCGCCGGAGGACUUUGUGCUGCAGCCCCGUAGCAGCCCGUAUUUUAACAUGGCCCACGAUGCGGUCGCACUCUUUGUUUUGCUCACGCCGGACAAUGACCUCCCCGUACCGUCCGAGCCGUCUGCUCAGCGCCAACUUGACGCGUUCGUAUUCCCACCACCUCGGUCCGACAAUCCGCCUCCGGCGCUCGGUCGGAAGACGUACGUCACCCCAGGGAAUGAAGAUCUCGUGGCCAUGACGCCCGAGCCCAGAGGCCCUGCUGUGCAUCGUGUCCAGAGCGGACAGAGCGUGUCUUCCUGGCGCUUCCCCUGGACGGCGUCGACACCCGAUCGCUCGCCAGCAGUUUCCGUCACGAGCCUGGCCCUCAGCACGACGGGACGACAGGAUCUGCGCCGUCGCCUCCGCGUUCCCUCCCAGCUCUGGUCAGGUGGGCUUAGCGUGAUCGGCGCCCGCCUCAUCUCCCUCCCGACGCCGACUUUUAUGCGCCUCCUUGCCCACACCAUUGCGACUGAAGAGAUUGAGCGUGUCCCCCGCGUCCCACUCCGUGGCGGGAUGGCUGUGCCAGACCUGCACUCGGCCGGAGCGCCUGAUCUCAAGGUCGCCAAGAUGGAGAACUACCGUGUCCUCACGACAUGGCACACCGACUGCACCGUCCGGUUCUGGGACAUCAGCCCCCACAUCCUCGUCCUUCCGACUCCGCUUCACUUCGAGUACCCUGCCCCUCUCCCACACCUCACCAUCCACGUCGGGAGCAUCCUGCGGCGCCCGGAGGUCGAGCACCUCCCCAUUGCCAAGCUAUGGGCUACGGACCGCUCCAAGGUCCAAAUCUCGGGUGUGCACCUCGCGCGCGAGACUCUCGAGUGUGUGGUCCUCUUCACUACUGGUGAAGUGCUCGUCGCCAAGUUCGGCGAGGCGCGGCGCUCCAAUCGCUCCACCCCUUCUUCCCCGCUCACCCCGGCCGUCGGAGAGGACGAUGGCGACGCGGAUGAUGCGUCGUCCACCGGCUACUUCCCGCAGCAGGAGUGGGUCGAGGAAGUCACUGAAUUGGGCCAAAUCGCCAACUGGACGACUGACGGCUUCAAGCCCGUCGCGCUUUGUACCGUGCGCCGCGGCGCUGUUAUCUCCUGCGCCGUGUCCGACAUUGGCUUCAUCGCGGUCGCUUAUGAGCAAAACUCGCUCGCUAUCCUCGACAUGCGCGGGCCAGAUGUGAUUCUGCGCGAGGGCUUUGAUGGUGAUGGACGCACCAUGAAGCGACGUAAGCGCAAGGCACACCCCCAGAACGUGGCCGCCGAGGGGUCGCAAAUCGGCGCAAUGCGCUGGACCGUCUCCGGAAUGGGAGGUGACCAGGCGCUGCGCCCGCGCCUGAUUGUGUCGUACCAGAGCGGUAAAACCAAGGUCUACUGCCUAAACAACGUGCUCGGCGAGUGGCUUGUCGACCCCAAGCCCCCUACAUUCCAGAACGACAGCCUUGCCUCCCCGAUCGCCACCUACCUCCUCGAUCCCAUUAGUGGCAACGAGCUGCUCGCAUCCCCCGAGGCACUCGCGGACGUUGCGAACGAUCCCGUACCCGAGGGUAAGUGGACGAAGGAUGCACCACCGCACUGCGUUUGGAUAACGGCGUGCAAACGUACGAUCCGGGUCGCGGUAAACUUCAACGGCGAGCGUGUUGCCAAGAUCGAGCUCGAGGAGGACCUUGCCUCAGUGCACUACAUCACGCGUCACGGGAAGCGCAUCCUCGUCGCCCUCACAACCGCUGGGAGUGCGCUCGUCUACACCGUCCCGCACCUCGAGUUCGUUACCCGUCUCGACCUGUUCUUCGGCAACACCAGACCAGUGGGAAGCCUGAGUUUCGACGACCGCUCCGGCGACUUCAUCGAGUUCGCGGGCCCACUGGACAUUACUCUCCGCACCCUUUUCCACUUCCGCAAACCCUUCCCGCCCCGUAUCGACCCGUGUUUCCUCAAGACCCCCAUCCCCGCCCAACCCACCCCCCUCUCCUCCUCCUCCUUCGGAUGGAUGUGGGGUGCCGGUCCCUUAACCGGCGCGGCCCUCGACUCGCUCAUUUCCCCCGUCCGUGCUGCACCACCCAAGCCGCCUCCUCCACCCCGCCAGCCACUCCUCACGUGGGACAACGCGGUUACGUGGGGUGAACCUCCCAAGCCCAAGUCCGAGCCAGCACACAAGCCAGAACCAAAAGUCAAGAACCAGGCUGUACGCAAAGUCCGCGCUCCCGAGGCGGACGGGAGAGAGAGGAACGACGCAUACUCCCAGAUGCGGGAGGGGCUGGAGCGGCGCGGCGAGGCGCUCGACUCGCUCGGCGUGCAACUCGAUAACGUCGGAAAGGCUGCGGGACAGUACUUCCAGGCUGCGCGGGGUGCUGUUGCGAAGGAGAGCGCGAAGGCUGCGGGCAAGGGCAUGUUCAGCAAGGUGUGGUAA